GAGGCUUUCGCCCCCAGACCCCUCUAGGCCUUGGACAGAAAGAAUUUCGGCCCCAGAAAUAUAGGAUGAGGAGCCUCCACCUCCUCUGAGCCCGUAGGAGGCAGCCGCGGGGUCAAAUUUAAGCAUUGCCCUCGGUAGAGAAGGAAUCGAUGGUGUUCUGGAUGCGGAUUUCCAGGGAAGAUGCUCCUCCCGGGUUCCGCGACCCCUUGGGAAGAUAAUUGAGCGCCCAGCUAAGCUCAGAGCAUGCCAGCCCCGGGAGCCGCGGGAGCUGGCGCCAAGCGUCUCUGCACCACCCCGCAGCUCCGGGCCCUCUUUCUCAAUUUGCCCUCCUGCCGCAGUCAGGCCCAAAUUAAUUCUCUGCACUUAUGCAAUGGGAUGCCUACUGCUUCCCCGGCCCAAGUCCUGGGCUCACUUCACAGCCUGAUGCGGAGUUUCAGACCGCAGUCCUGCUGAACGGAUACCCGGGGUUCUUCGACCUCCUGUCGAAGUCUGCAGACGGGUGGAUGCGGGGCGCAGGCUUUUCCCAGAAGGAUUUAACGUGGCCUUAGGUUAAAAAGCCCCAGAGCUCUCACCUUUGCACCUCCCGUUUAUCUUCCUCCUCCUCCUCAUCCCCAUCACUCCCCACCCCUUCUCCACCACCAUCACCACCCCACCACCACCACCACCGAAGGACGUGCCCCCUUGGUAGUGUCGGGGCUCCCAGACCGAGCGAGGGGGAGGGCGCCUCCCAAUCCCCUCCUCCCCAUCCCUGCCUCAGCUCGGGGUUUUACUGCAGCAGCCGGGAGGUGACAGCGACGCCUUAGCCUCCUCUGUUGCUCUCGGAGCCCGGGUUUCCCUUGCGCUGGGAAAGCGCCCUCUCCGGAGAGGCUAGUCCCGGGAGAAGUGCGAAAGAGCUACAGAAAACCAAAUUAUAAAAUGUAGAAGUCUCUGGGUUGCAUUCCUCCGAGGACGAACCUCAUCUCCCAGGACAGAGUGGCAGCGUUUGGGAAGUUGGGACCAUAGAGCAAGGGGGGGAGGGGAGUGGUGCAACCGGCAUUCUCUUCUGGAAGGAGUCGCUGGGAGCCGUGCGGUUGGACCUAAGUUUGCGUAAGAGUGUUUUCCUUUUGUCAAUAAUUAAUCACCGGAAUCAGUCUGGCAGAAUUGGAGUUUUAGCAAUAGUGCAGAGGGCGGGGCUGAACACCUAACUCCUGGAGCCUCCGCGGCGCCCCGCAGAGGGAAGCUCGCAGCAGCUGGGGAGGAGCCAAAGCAUCCGAGCUCACCUAAAGCCGCAGGGAGGUACACCCGACUGGGGACUGGGAGAUGAAGAAACAGUAACCCAGAGAGGAGAAGUAACCUUCACAGGAUCAAUCCAAAGAGGAGAAAAGCUGAGAACCAGACCUGGCUGCUCCUGAGAAGGUGACGAAAUCGAGGCCAAGGACAAUUAAGUAACUGGCCCAAGGUCACAUAGCCAGACAAACUUUCUGCAGCUUGAAGGAGCCGGCCAUGGAUUUCAGGCGUGUGAAGGAGUAUUUCUCCUGGCUCUACUAUCAAUACCAAAUCAUUAGCUGCUGUGCUGUCUUGGAGCCCUGGGAGCGAUCUAUGUUCAAUACCAUCUUACUAACCAUUUUUGCUAUGGUGGUGUACACUGCCUAUGUCUUCAUCCCAAUCCACAUUCGCCUGGCUUGGGAAUUUUUCUCAAAAAUAUGUGGCUAUCAAAGUACAAUUUCUAAUUGAUCUCUUUUGCAUUCUGUGAAAUGGCAUUGCACAUUUAUGUUGCUUACAACGUGUUGAUUUAGGUGACUACUGUGUCAUCUUUCACUCUCUGACCUGAAAAAAUCACUCUUCUCUAUGCACUCUUGUGUCCUGCCUGGAGUUUGAGAUGGAUGUCUCUAGUUUCUUUUGUACAUACUACAUUGUGCAUUAUACCAUAGAAAAUAUGAUGCCUUUACCUCAUAUACCAUGUUCACUCAAUGCAAAUCUAUGACUUUGGAAUUUGUUUUUAAAUCAGGACAAUUUCAUAUAAAAUUUUCCUGGAAAAUAUGUUCAUAAGAGAUUUACCAUAAUUAUACUUAAAAUGAUCCCUUAAUACCUAUUCUAUGCUGAAAGAUAGAUUACAAGAAAAAAACCUUCAUAGGCUACUCUCAAAAGUAUCCUAUCCUUGUUUACAAUGUAUAAAAAGAUGUGAAUAAAUUAUAUGGACUCCCUAAAGUUGUAUUUUCUAGUAAACUGCUAAUACCUGAAAUUCUUUUACUUCAAAUGCAAAAGAAUAGGCUGGAGGCAAUUAUUUUCUUUCAAAAUGGUUCAUGAAUUAUUUCAAAUGUCUCUAAAAGUCAGUUUGAAAUCAACAAUGUUGAUUUUAAAUAAACAAGUAAGUAUUAUAAUACAUAAUCAUAUUAGUAUAAGAAACAAAAUAUAAUCAAAGUAAAUUCAGAUAAAUGUAGAUAUUAAGACUUUUGAUGUCCCUUGUCUUGCAUGAUGCUGGGGAAGAAAGAGAAAGGAAAUUAUUUUCUUUUCUGUGCUUUCACUCACUAGAAGAAAAAAAAAAGGCAUGUGUGGAGCUACAGGAAGAAAAGCUAAUAAAUAGGCUGGAAGUAAUAUUCCACCAGCAGGAACUCGACAGCUCCAGUUAAAUGCUUUGAUGUAGUGGCUCCUUUGUAGAGCAGAAACAAGAUUUAUUAAAUUCCCUUCGAAAUGUGUAUUUUAAAAGCAAAUAUAAGUUUUUAAUUAUAUUGCUGAAUCAAAUGUUAAUGCCAAAGACCAAGCCUUGCUGCUUUUCUUUCCUCCCAAUAAAUAUUAAUGUUAGUAAUUCUGGAAGGUAAAAAUGUAAAUAGGUUUUUGACAAUAUUUGCACCCUUGUUUGUGCUGGGGAAAAAAAUUCCAAGGAAAGCUAAAAAGAAAGAUGAUUAGCAUGCCAAAUUAACUUGCAUGUUAGUAAAAAAGCAAACACGUGUUUUAAAGAGAAAUCAUAACUGAAUAUGCAUUUCUUGUUUUUUGCAAAAUAAAAUUAAGCUUAAUUUUAUAAGUAAA